AUGGACCGCGACGAGUCCUGCGCGCUCAGGAAACGCGCUCCAUGGAUGAUCCUUUGGAAGACUGAAAUGUCGCCCUCUCCUGAUACACAAUCUUUCUCAUCACUUUACUUUUCUUUUGUUCGUAUCCAUCUACCUUCUCUAGACACUCAGACAAUAGAUCCGCCCGUCGACCUCCAUCGUAUGCGAUUUAGUCAACCAAUUUCUCUAAAAAUUAUUCGUGGUACCUCACUUUCUCGGGCAAAUUCCAAAAUGCAGUUUAUUUACAUCCUCCUACCUCUAUUCUAUUCCGUCGGGUCUCUCGCUUCACCCGGACCCAAUGACAAAGUAACUCAGUACAAUUGUGCCAAUCACAUAUACUCCGAAGCUGAGGUCGGAAAUUUCUUCAAAGCUGCAGCAGUUGAACUUGCUAAAACUCAAAUGGGACAACCACCCAAGAUGCCUCUGUUAAACCCCUAUGAACCUAAACCAUCUUCUCCCUCGCUGAAACAUGAAUACUUCUCAUUUUAUGCUGCUAGGUUGAAAGGGUUGAAAGUGAUGAAAUUUGUUGUGAUUAAUGAAGCGCAGAAGCCCGUAAGCAUGGCAUGGGGAAUUAACGCCAAAUAUCCGUGUGAUAAGCGCAUAGUUAAGACGAGUGAAGUAAAAAAACCGUGGAACAGUCACCGACAGGAGCGUUUAUGGCGCGAGCACUUGGGACACCUACCCAGCAAUCUAAGGAGGUAA